AUGCUGGUGACCUAUUUGGAAGCCAGCCGGGACCUUUGCGAGACGGACUCUAUUCUUUUUGGCGCCGCACUGGCAGUAUGCCGUAUUAUUGGCGCCAAACUUCCCAUGGCUGGACGUGCUACUCAACAAGGUAGUGCCAUCCCAGCCUGGAGAAAAAGAAUCGAGGACCGUAUCGCAAAGGCAAGGGCCCUUAUCGGCAGACUGACAAGCUUCAGGUCGGGUAAUAUUAGACCGAGAGUUGUGCGCACCGUUAGAAUGGCGUUUGCUGGGACAAAUAUUAGUUUGUCCCAGCCGGAUAUCACGCAGAAACUAACGGAGCGCAUAGAUGACCUGAAGCAAAAAAUCGCUGCUUGGGGGAAGCGGAUUCGACGAUUUAGCGAGAGGUCAAGGCGGUUCAACCAAAAUCGUCUCUUCCAGAGUGAUCAGAAGAGGCUCUAUAAAUCAUUGGAGCGACCAGAGGUAUGUGGAGCGGGCCCAGGACCGGAUCAGGCUGACACUGUCGCAUUUUGGCGUGGCCUGUGGUCAGAGCCCGUAAACCACAGCGAGGGCCCUUGGAUGGAAGUUGUGGCGAGCCGGAGUGCAAGUGUUACGCCUAUGGACCCCGUCACCAUAACGCCUGAAGACGUGGCUGAGGCGGUCCGUAGGGCCCCGAACUGGAAAAGUCCGGGGCUCGACGGACUGCAUCAUUACUGGCUGAAGGGGGUUCGUAGUGUGUCACGCUGUGCUCGCCCGACAGUAUCAAGAGGCUCUCGAUCAGAAGUCGCUCCCGAGCCUCUUCACUACUGGGAUCACUCACUUGGUUCCUAA